AUGUUGGUGUUGGGCACCGUGGCUGAGAAAGGACGGAUGGAAAACACUGAAGGUCAAACCUGUGAAGGUCAGACUUUUGGAGCAGCCCUGUUUCCGGCACAUGGCCGGCUCCGCUUCCCCGUGCCCGGCGCCCUCCUGCCUCCGGAGCGCUGCUGCGGCAUCCAGGGCCUCUCCUUGGCCCGGCCCGGCUCGGAUCGGGCGGAAAGGCUCCGCUCGGGCUGGGCGGCACAGCCCGCAAAGGCGGCGGAGGCUGCAGAGCUCCAAUUACAACCCACCCACGGCUGGAGAGGGGGGGAAAAGGCCACGCAGCAGCAAAACCCUGUGGCCCUUCAGGCAGCACCGUUUGUCCGUACCUCAAACUCCCGGGACAGCAGGAUGAAGGACAUUUCUCACAGUGGAAUGACUUGCUGCAGCAGCCAAGAGCACAGGUGGGACAGCAGAGAGCACAUGGGCUGGGAGUCCCGCCAGGACAGGGAGCUGGGUGCCUGUCCCAGGGAGAGCCUGUCCUUCCACAGCCGCUUCACCCCGCUGACCAUCAUCAGGGAGCCUUGGAGCAAGCACGGAGCCAAGGAUGGAGCCGUGGGAACCGGCCAGGGAUGUGCCAGCGCCGGCAGCGGAGGAGCCGCCGCCACCACCGCGCUGUUUGAACCCGGCGGAGACGGGCAAACCCCGCAGGUCGUGGUGCUGGUGGGAGCCCCAGGGAUGGGGAAGACAAUGAUGGUCAGGAAGGUGAUGGUGGAGUGGGGAGAAGGGACACUCCACACACAGUUUGACUUUGUCUUCUGCAUUGACUGCAAAGCCAUCGCCCUUCCCAUGGAAGCCAGCGUGGCAGACCUGGUUUCACAAUGCUGUCCUGAUAUGCAAAUGGCAACUGGCAAGAUCCUGGAUGACCAGAAGAAGAUCCUGUUCAUUUUUGAUGGUUUCGAGGCCCUGGGCUUUUCCUUGGUUCAGCCCGAAGCUGAGCUGAGCUCUGAUCCUAGGGAAGUGAAGCCACUGGAGCUCACCUUCAUGAGCUUAUUGAAAAAGACUGUGCUCCCCAAAGCCUCUUUGCUCAUCACCAUGAGGCCAACGGCGCUUGGAAGCCUGAGGCAGUGCCUGAAGGGUGAGUAUUACAUGGAGAUACAGGGAUUUUCAGCAGCCAGGAGGAAGGAGUAUUUCCACCGAUAUUUUGAGAACCCCAGCAAAGCAGAUGUGGCCUUCAGGUUUGUCAGAGGCAACGAGAUCCUCUAUAGCUUGUGUGUCAUCCCUAUCAUGAGCUGGACCAUCUGCACCAUCCUUGAACAAGAGCUUUGUGGGAAGAAAAACCUCCUUGAGUGCUCCAAAGCCACCACAGGGAUGACAGUGUUCUACCUCUCCCAGUUACUGAAGCACAGGGGCAGGGACAACCCACAGGUCCUCCAGCAGUUCCUACUCCAGCUUUGCUCCUUGGCUGCUGAGGGUAUCUGGAAGCACAAGGUGCUCUUUGAGGAGAAGGAAAUCAAGGACUAUGGCUUGGACCAGCCAGGUCUUCUCCCCUACUUCCUCAAUGAAAGGAUCCCAAGAAAAGGAGAAGACAAUGGGAGUGUCUAUGCCUUCACCCACCUGCACCUCCAGGAGUUUUUUGCAGCACUGUUUUAUGUUCUGGAGGAUGAUGGGGAAACAGUCAGCAGCUCGGGGAAGCUUGAGAAGGAUGUAAAUAAAUUGUUAGAAAGCUACAAGUCCAGAAAGGAUUUGAAUGUAAUAGUGCAAUUCCUCUUUGGUCUGGUCAGCCAGAAAUCCAUGGAGUACAUGGACAAGACCUUUGGGUGCAGAAUUUCACCACGAGUCAGGGAAGAGCUGCUGGAGUGGCUUCAGGGGAGGCACAGAGGCCUCUCCCACCCUAGCCAAGCACUGAAGAUUUCAGAGAUGGACACUUUCCACUUCUUGUUUGAGAUGAACGAGAAGAGCUUUGCACAAAGUGCAUUGGGUCACUUCACUGACCUGGACUUGCACGACACCAAGCUGACCCUGUACGACCAGAUGGCUCUUUACUUCUGCAUCCAACACUGGGCUGGGCUGGGCUCCAUCACUCUCCAGGGAUGCUUCUUCCACUGGCAGGAUCCUGAGGCAGAGCUGGAUGCAUCAGUGCCUUGCUCUGGAGUCUCAGGAGGCGGAGGACAUCCCGGUGCCCUCGUCGUGCGGCGGCGAGAGGAGAUGCCCUGCCCCAUCCACCUGCUCUGCCGGGCUCUGCGGCACCGGGACAGCGCCCUGCAGGUGCUCCGGCUGCAGUGGUGCCGGCUGUCUGAGAGCUGCUGUGCGGAGCUGGCAGCGCUGCUGGCGGAGAACCCGGGACUGGCCCACCUGGAGGUGGCUGACAGCUCUCUGGGUGACAGUGGCGUGCGCCUCCUCUGUGAGGGGCUGCGGACUCCGGGCAGCCGCCUGCGCAUCCUGCGGCUGCGGUAUUCCCGCAUCACCAGUGCCAGCUGUGAGGACCUCGCUGCUGUGCUGGGUACUAACACCUGCCUGGAGGAGCUGGAUUUGUCCUUCAGCGAGGAUCUGCGCGACACCGGCGUGGAGCUGCUCUGUGAGGGGCUCCAGCACUGUGCCUGCCCACUACAGACAUUGCGGCUGGGCAGCUGCCGGCUGUCGGGCGCCUCCUGCCCAGCCCUGGCUGCGCGGCUGCUGCAGGGGCCCCGUCUCACCUGCCCGGGCCCGAGUGACAACGAGCUGGGAGCCCACGGCGUCCUGCAGCUCUGCCAGCAGCUCCGGCAUCCCGCCUGCCCGCUGCGGAGCCGGGGCCGAGUGAGGGCCCUGCCACCUUCCCUUCCGUGCCCGGCAUUCCCGAGCCGGGCAGCCGAGGCUGCGGGACAGGCAGGGCCGCAGCGGCGUCCGGAGUGGGUCAGCACGUCCCUCCCAACAAGCUCCAGCACCUUCUCCUCUUCUCCUGCCUCCUCCACGCCCAGGCUGAGCACGGACGGCUUCAGCCAGGCCCUGCUGCAGGACCUGGACGCCCUCCGGGCUCUGCAGCCCGCCCUGAAGAUCGGGAGCCUCCUGGAGCACGACGUGCCGCAGCCAGGGGCCAUGGCCCGGCUGCCCUGCCACCGCGGGCUGCUGCCGGGGGGCAGGAAGGCGCUCCCCUCCUUCAGGAGACCUCCC